AUGUUGGAGGCUCGUGAUGAGAGCAAUACCGACCUUCCUUUCGGCUUCUUGCUCACACAGAUCAUACUCCAGUCCGGUAUUAGUAUUGCUGGUGAGCCAAAGAUGAAGAUACAGGAUCCUCUGAACAAGCAGAUGUUGAUGAAGUCAAAUGCUCAGCUGCGGAGAGAUGAUCCGGAUGACGAUGAAGUGCCCCCGCCUCCUCCCUUUCCUGUAGGCAUACCUAAUGUGGCGUCUUCCUCACAGACUACUUCGCCACCUCAGCAGGAUGCUAGCUAUUCUCAGAUCAUGGAGGCACUGGCAGCUAUCCAGGGAGGGAUGAGUACUAUGCAGCUCUCCAUGUCAUCCAUGUUUAAACUAAAUGAUUCUUAUCAGUUUAUGAGUAAGCAAGUUGGUGGAGGUGAUAACCUUGGUUUUACCAAGCAAGAUCAUAAGAACUAUUUUCGCAAUAAGCGACAAAAAGCCUUGAAGUUUAGGGAAGCUGCUAGUUUGGAAAGAUAUUUCAGAGGUCGACUUAAAGAAAAUCCUUCAUAUUAUUAUGCUUAUCAAUUGGAUGUUGAAGAGUUGAUUACUAAUAUCUUCUGGGUUGAUGCAAGAAUGAUCAUUGAUUAUGGCCACUUUGGUGAUGCAAUAACGUUUGAUAUAACGUAUAGCACAAAUAGAGAUGCAAGGCCACUUAGUGUAUUUUUGGGACUCAAUCACCAUAGAGAGACUGUUGUAUUUGGAGCUACUCUAUUAUUUGAUGAAACAAUUGAGUCUUUUGUAUGGUUAUUUGAGACCUUCCUAGAGGCAAUGUUCGGAAAGAAGCCAAUUACUAUUUUCACUGAUCAAGAUGCAGCAAUGUCAGCUGCCAUCAAGGAAGUGAUGCCUGAAACAUAUCAUGCGUUGUGUAGUUGGCACAUGUGGCAGAAUGCUAAUAGGCACUUGGGCUAUUUACGUAAAGGUGGGUCCCGAUUUAAUAAAGACUUUUUAGCAUGUGUCUAUGAGUAUAAUGAUGAAAAUGACUUUCUAUCUGCUUGGAAUAUCAUGUUGGAAAAAUACGAUGCUCGUGAAAAUAAAUGGCUACUAGAUAUAUUUAAAUUGAAGGAGAAAUGGGCCCAAGCAUAUGUAAAGAGGACCUUCACGACAGGAAUGAGGACUACACAACUAAGUGAGAGAUUCAAUUUUUGUGACUUGAAGGAUUGCUUGCGUACUGAUCUCAAUAUACUAGAAUUUUUCACUCAUUUUGAAAGAGUUAUCAAUCAAAAACGUGAUAAGGAGUUAGAAGCAGAAUACAACUCUAGACAAAAAUUACCAAGGUUGAAUCUCAAAAGCUCACCUAUUUUGAAUCAAGUAGCAAAAUUGUACACGCCUAAGGUGUUUGCGUUAUUUCAAAAUGAAGUUGAAGAGGUACAACCACUCUCCAUUAUCAACCACAAUGCAAGUCAAGCGACACACACAUAUGUUGUUGGAGUUUUCAAUGGACAUGGAGAAUACAAAAUUAUGUGGAAUCCAUUAGAUCAAACUUUGUCUUGCAGUUGUAGAAAGUUUGAGACAUUUGGUAUUUUGUGUCAACAUGCUCUAAAAAUUCUUGAUGUAUUGGAUAUCAAGUUGAUUCCUGACAGAUAUAUUACAAAGAGAUGGAGAAGAGACGCAAAAGAUGAGAAUGCAAAACAUUUCACAAAGAAGGACAUUGAGUCAGAUAUUCGAUUGGAAUAUGCAGAUAGGUAUCGAGCUUUGUGUCCUAAAUAUAUUCAAUUGGUGAAUGAUGCAUGUGAAACUGAAGAAGGCUUUAAUAUUCUAAACGCAAUUGUUGUAGAUUUGAAGAAAAGACUUUGUGAUGCAAAGAAUUGCCAAGGAUCUUAG